AUGUUCUCCCAGUCCUCAAUUUCAGGCCCCGCUCCGCCGCCAUCAUCGGUUGGCGUUUCUUCUCUUUCCGGGGAGGAAACCAAGGAAAAUAUGCCUCCGUUCUACAUAGAAGGAUGGCUACGCGAGACAAAAACCCUCCUUGUCUUCCCUCAUUGCCGGCUAUGUCGCUUCAAGUUUCAAGAAGACGACGUGGUUGUCGUGGUUACACUCAAUAACAAACAUUCGAAGCCAUUCCUUUACGCCUACCAUGACUCGCAUAUGGAUAAGGCUCUAAACGCAGAAAUUGUGUGCACCUCCUCCGCAGAUAAAGCAAACGGCGACCACCACCUUGGCACCGGCUGUCAUCUCACAUGUCUCCAUUUUGCCAACAAGCUUGACCCCAGGCAUGCAGUACGCGAGGCCGAAAUAUCUACUAACCUCACGGAAUUCCAUCAUGAAUUGCCAUUAUCAGGCACUACCGUGACAAAGGCCGCAUAUAAGUCCGACCUAUUCCUAGUCUACAGCCCAAAGAAGCAACAGGUGACCGAUAUCAGUAACAAGCUACAGGUGGUCAAUAUCAACAGCAAGAGACAAAGAUUUGACUCGCAUGCGAAAGAGAUGUUCAUGAAGGCGAAGCUCUUAUUGCAUCCCAACAAGGGAAAGCCCAUGAGCAGACUCUUUGCCGCUAGUCUAUACACCUAUGAACCUCCAGCCUCCGAAGAGAAGCGCAGGCUGCUUCAUAUCCGAAGUCAGCUAGCCAUGCAACUUUCCAAACGCUUCAAAUCGCGCGUUUCUUUGCCUCUGGACAUUUGGAAGUCAAUUUCCGAUUAUUUGGUCUCCGAAUUUGCCAUUUGCUCAAUGCUGGGUUUGCCAUUUCGCGACAGUACUGAAGUGAGCACGGCCAAGGAUAUUUGGGCAACCUAUGCCAAAAUUGAUGGCAUCUCUUAUGUGUCAAAGCUCGCAAACAAGCGAGGCCAUGGAGCCAAGUUGGCUCUCCAAGCGCGCGAUAUGGCCUUCGAGCACCCCUUGUACAUUCUCGAGGACCAUUUAGGGAUUCGAGAGAUAAUAUCCUCAGCACAGCCCCCGGCACACAAAGCUGGGAUAUCUGCGUGGUGGCGGGUUGUGCCGAUGGAGGUGGGAGAGAAGAUUUCCUUCGCCACCGAUUCGCUCAAACUUCAUUACAGCCCGGGAGGAAAACAGCCGUUGGGCUUAGGUCGACCGGUCUCUCCUGAUAAUUGCCUAUGGUCCAAACCUAUUUCUCCUCAAGACAUUGACCAACUGUUCUUUUAUCCCUCCCUCGCCCCUAGGGCAAUAAUCAACAUGGUAUCUAUACCCAUCAAUCAGCCUAUAUGCACCGGAUACUCGGUCUGCUGGGUCAAAAUACCCAACUGGAAAAGUGAGCGAAAGACAGGGGCGGGGUUGGUAUAUAUCCACGCACACCAGCCAGGUGAAACCUUUUCUUUUUAUGAGGACGUGACACGCUACACUAACAAAUACGUCUGGGAAUAUGCUCCAAAAGUCAAGGGAGAGCGUCUCACGGAGCUUAGCUUGUUGUACAAUCGAAACAAGUGUCCUCCACACCGAUUUACUAUGGCUUUUCGAACAAGCAAAAAGCGGGACUUAAUUGUCGGACCUUACGCAGAAAAAAUAAGCCCAGGGGAGACAAUUACGUGGAAGAACACGUGGGGAUGGGACUCCAUAGCAACAUUCUCAGAUUUCGACACUGACACACUAUGGAUGGAAUCUCCUCGUUUCGAAGGAGGCACAAGUGGAUUUGUCAUUGGGCCACAGCAUGGAGGGCUGAAUCGCUCGCGAUAUUUCAAUCCCUUCAAACCCCUUCCCCCUAUCCUCCCGAAUCCUCUUCCAGACCGCCUCCAGGACAAGGAGCUAUUUCAGUCGUCGGCCAGCCUAAGUGGUCUUUUAGAAAUAGUCAUCUGCAGGUCAAGAGCAGUAGGACUGUACCCUCGUGUGUGUGGGUUACUACUACGUUAUGAAGACUCUUCAGAGAAAAGCGUCGGUAGCUUUCGCAUGGAUUGGGCGGAGAGGCCUCUCUCUGUACCCGGGAAGUCUCCAGCGUUGUUCUUGAACUUUCUCCAGGAUGAGUCUCGAUGUCUUAUUGCCGAUUUGGCCUUUUUCCCGCAAGACUCGCCAGCUAUGUUCAAUACUUGGAUGGAAUUGUCUUGGGCGGAUGAGCUGGUUUGGGUUUGCAGUUGGAACGACAGCUAUGUUUAUUCCGUCUGA